AUAAGUCAAAGUAGCAUGUAUGAAUAGUGGACAUAGUCAAAUUGUGACAAUAAUUUUGAGACGGAGGGAGUAUUAACUAAUUAAAUGAAAAAUGAUAAAACCUUGACGAUCCAACACAAGGAGGGCAUUAAGAAAAUUACAAUCAAACAAACCAAGACACCGAGUUCAAGUGAUAAUGCAUGGUCAAUAUGCAGAGAUUCAAGAUAUUGGAUUAAUGCUGAGAAAUUUUAUCCAGAAAGGUUCAUUGAUAGUUCAGUUGAUUACAAAGGUGCUGAUUUUCAGAUUAUACCAUUUGGUGCUGGGAGAAGGACUUGUCCUGGCAUAUCAUUUGGUAUUGCUAACUUAGAAAUUUCAAGUGCAAAUUUGCUUUUCCAUUUUAAUUGGAAUAUGCCUAAUGGAUACAAGGCUGAAGAACUUGACAUGAAAGAAUCUUUUGGGUUGACUGUUAGAAGAAAACAUGAUUUGUGGUUGGUUCCCACCACUUAUCAAUCUAGUUAAGAAUAAUAUGUUAAAAGUUCCUUGUUAUAAGUACUUAACAACAUAAACACUUGUGUUGAUUCCCUCUAUAUUACACUACACAUGAUUGUUACUGGUUAUCUAUAUU